AUGAGCGAAUAUGACAUGAACCACUCGCCCGAGACUCUAGCGCCUCUACCAGCAGUUUUGCGGCACGGUCUCGCGGCGGUGGGCACUUUCGGCGUCCUAUCUUUCAUUUCGAGCACAGCCCUUACCGCUUUCCUCGCCUAUAAGCUUAUUAUGUGGCAGAUGCCUCGCGAAGAGUCCAAGGAUACUGUCUCAGAACGCCCCGAAUCCCCGCCAGCAUUCGACCAUAACGGUUUCCUCCUCCAAAAGGAGCCGCCGAACCAAUUCCUCAUCCUAGUCUUGAACCUCUUCUUUGCCGAUGCCCAGCAGUCCGUCGCAUUUCUUCUCAGUUUCCACUGGCUGGCCAAGGAUGCGAUACAGGUUGGGACUUCGGCUUGUUGGGCCCAGGGGUGGUUUAUCUCGAAUGGUGACCUCGCGUCAUCGGUCUUCAUCACCGGAAUCGCCAUUCACACCUAUUUAGCGAUGUGGACGUUUGUGUACCUUCUCAACGCACUUGCUGUCGUCAUCACGCAGGACGGUGCCGGGUACGGUGGGUUGUUUGUUCGCGCGGGUGCCUGGCCUCAAAAGACCGGGGCCAGGCCCAAGGUGAGGGUCUCGGCUCUCGGUCGUAGCACCUCUCGUGCCAAGCACUACCCCAAUCCCGAUCCCAACUGGCAGUCGCAGGCGCCAGGAAGCCCAACGUCUUUGGCGACUUCUUUUGCGUCUUCACUAUACAAAGAGCUGCCGCCAAUCCCCGACUCGGCUCGCCAACAGACCUUUCUCCUUUAUCCUCUCAUCUACGUUGUCUGCACACUUCCGCUGGCGGCGGGUCGUCUAGCAUCUAUGGCUGGCAACGAAGUCUCCCUUUCGUAUUUCUGCUUUGCAGGGGCCGCCAUUGCAUGUAACGGAUGGCUCGACGUCGCCCUGUACACAUACACGCGCCGCGCGAUUGUCUUCGCCGACGGCCCUCCUACGCAGGACACGGGCAUCAACACGGCACAGGAGAAGUGGAAUGAGAAGGUGGUCAACGGCGGAGUGUUGGGUAGGCUCAAGGGUGGCAAGAAUCAGAGCCAGGACUCCCUCAAGGGAUUCGGUAUGGGCAAAGGGGCCGUGAUGGGCAUGGCGAUCCAGUGCGAAACGACGACGACGGUGAGCGUCGAAUAUGACACCUCGGACGAAAGUUACGGAGCAGGGUCAAACCCGACAACAACUCGCCGGCUGGCCUGA